AGAAUGUGGUAAUUGUAGAAGCCAAAACUACCAAAACUAGUAGCUGUCUGCUUGGGAGGUUUCUCACGAGCCUUGUGGGGGGUUAGUUAGCCGACACCCUCCAACUCCUUAUGUAUACACCAUUUCCACGGUUCUCUGCUAACCUAUAUCUGUAAGCAAACAUCCAUUUAACGCAUACCAAAUAAUUAAAACCAGCAGUAAUGGCUCCUUCAACUCUCACAGAGCUUGCAGGGAAGGAAACCUUACAGGCAAGCUUUGUUCGUGAUGAAGAUGAGCGUCCUAAGGUUGCUUACAACCAAUUCAGCGAUGAAAUCCCUGUGAUCUCUCUUGCCGGCAUCAAUGAUGUAGGUGAAAAUAGGACGGAGAUAUGCCAGAAAAUCGUGGAGGCUUGUGAAAAUUGGGGUAUCUUCCAGGUCGUGGAUCAUGGUGUCGACACUAAACUCAUUUCUGAGAUGACCGGUCUUGCCAGAGAGUUCUUCGCUUUGCCCGCCGAAGAUAAGCUUCGGUUCAAUAUGUCUGGUGGCAAGAAAGGUGGGUUCAUCGUCUCCAGUCACCUCCAGGGAGAAACGGUGCAAGAUUGGCGGGAGAUUGUGACCUACUUCUCGUACCCAAUUAAGAGCCGGGACUAUUCAAGGUGGCCUGAUAUGCCAGAGAGGUGGAUUGAGGUGACAAAGGAGUACAGUGAUAAAUUGAUGGGCCUAGCUUGCAAGCUUCUUGAAGUGUUAUCAGAAGCAAUGGGAUUGGAGAAAGAAGCAUUGAGCAAGGCAUGCGUGGAGAUGGACCAGAAAGUGGUGGUUAACUUCUACCCUAAGUGCCCACAACCUGAUCUCACUCUGGGACUCAAGCGCCACACUGACCCCGGGACUAUCACGCUGUUGCUCCAAGAUCAAGUUGGUGGGCUUCAAGCCACCAGGGACAAUGGCAAUACUUGGAUCACUGUUCAACCUGUUGAAGGGGCAUUUGUGGUCAACCUUGGAGAUCAUGGCCAUUACCUGAGCAAUGGGAGGUUCAAGAACGCUGAUCACCAAGCAGUGGUGAACUCCGACUGCAGCAGAUUGUCAAUAGCCACAUUCCAAAACCCAGCACCCGAUGCAACAGUGUAUCCACUGAAGAUAAGAGAAGGAGAGAAACCUAUACUUGAGGAGCCCAUCACAUUUUCUGAGAUGUACAGGAGGAAGAUGAGCAAGGAUCUUGAGCUUGCCAUGCUAAAGAAACUAGCCAAGGAACAGCAGAUGGAGACGACCAAGAAGCCCGAACUGGAAACCAAGCCUCUUGAGCAAAUCCUUGCAUAAAUAAACUUCAUUUUACUUCUGUAUUAGUAUUAAUUAAAUGCAUUUGGACUCUUCUUAUGGCUACUGCCUACAUUUUAUGCUUGUUUUCUAUGCUCAAACCUAUGUACGUAAUAAAUGAAAAAUAAAUUUCCACA